GAGAUAAUUUGGAAUUGCGAUACAAUAGCUCUUCAGAGACUGGAAGAUGUCGGUGGCAGAGGGAAAGGCACGAAGUUCGAUAGAGAAGUCAAUAAAGUGGAAUCUAUGGAAGCUGUUUCCUCACGUUUUUCUCAUACUUUCACUCGUCGGAUAUGCAGCCUUGGGAGCGGUGCUAUUCUGGUACAUAGAGGGAGGACGUGUGUACAAAACAGAACGGGAAUAUCGUGAGUUUUUGGGUGAACUGGUGCGCACAAUUCAGAAUUAUCCAGUUAAUUCGUCCAGCAAUUCUACUCAAGAACAAGAUUUGGUAAAAGAACUAGAGAAAGAAAUCAACAGGGGGUUCAAGUCCAUAUGGCUUCAACGUCCAGAGCGAUGGACAUAUGAUGCAUCCAUGUUCUUCUGCUGUACUGUAUUCACAACCGUGGGUUAUGGAGAUAUCUAUCCGGUGACCCUGAAUGGUAAGGUGGUCUGUAUCCUGUAUGCCAUGGUGGGUAUCCCCCUCAUGCUCCUGGUCAUCACAGAUGUGGGAGACCUCAUGGCCGUGCUCCUGUCCAGGGCCUACAUCCACCUGCACACUCUUUUCUGCAGGUUGCGUCAAUAUGGCCGCUGGUUCCCCUCCCAUCACACAGAGAAGUCAGGGGACGGGGGCCAGGGGGACCGCCAGGACGGAACCUACACAUUCAGCCACAAGGUGGUGGUCCGGGAGCCCAUCGACAUCCGACAGGUCCUUCACAGCCAGCAGUCUGUGAAGUGCAAGUCCAACCAGUUGCUGAACAACACAAAGAUCUUUGACUGCAUCAUUGCACAGGAGAACUUCAACAGGCAGGGCCCACUGGUGCGGAGCCUUUCUUGCCAUGAGCUUGACAGCAUGCCUCCCUUGCCCAAGGACUUUGCCAUCUGGGACUUCACAGGCAUCGGGGAGAGUAUGGACAAGCUAAACGUCCCGCUGCUCCUCAUCCUGGUGGUGGUGUUUGCCUACAUCCUGUUUGGAGGCCUCAUCCUGCCCCUGUGGGAGACAGAGUUCAACACCUUUGACGCCUACUACUUUUGCUUCAUCACCCUCACCACCAUUGGCUUCGGUGACAUCGUGCCCAACCACCCCAAGUUCUUCAUGCUCACCUUCGUCUUCAUCAUCACGGGCAUGGCCAUCAUGUCCAUGGCCUUCAAGCUGGGCCAGUCACGCAUCGUCUGCUGUUACCGCCAGUGCAUGCGCUGUAUCAGCGGGGGGAAGGUGAAGAGGUAUGACGAGUUGGAGAGCGACUGAAUCAAAG